AUGAUGGCUCUGCGCAACAAGGCUCGUCGCCUCCGGAAGAUACCCGGCAAGGAGAACGUCAAGGCUCCAGUCGAGACAUUAGAUCGUUCCCUGGGAGGCAUUUUCACAGUAGCCUUGACGAGGCCUUGGAGACUUCUCAUUGACCCGAUCAGCUUCUCCGUCGCCAUUUACUUUGCCGUUGUCUAUAAUCUGUUGUAUAUGCUGUUUAGCAUCUACCCUAUUGUCUUCCAGCAAAAGCGCGGUUGGAACACCGGCGUCGGCGAGCUGCCAUUGAUCGGCACAGUCAUCGGAGCGUGUCUCGGCGGCCUGGCGAUGUUUAUCAACAGCCAAAUAUACCAAAGGAAGCUCACCAAAAGCUACAAAUCAGUUCCAGAAGAUCGCCUUCCCGGCGCCAUGGUUGGCGGGGUUAUGUUCGCAGUGACGAUAUUUUGGUUCGCUUGGACGGCGGAAUACAACUCAGUUCACUGGGCCGUGCCAACUGUGGCAGGAACUUUCCUCGCAACGUCAAUCCUCCUCAUCUUUGUCGUCUCCAUUAACUAUAUCAUCGACUCGUACCUGAUGUAUGCCGCAUCCGCCGUCGCAGCAAAUACCGUCCUGCGGUCCGUCUGUGCCGCGGCAUCCCCACUAUUCACGCAGUACAUGUUCGACGCGCUCGGUGUGGGUGGGGCUGGAUCGCUCAUCGGAGCAUUGGCGGUGCUGUUGAUGCUCAUACCUUUUGUUUUCUAUAAAUACGGGGCGAAUAUCCGAGCGCGGUCCAAUUUUGCGUCGAUAGACCAGACGCCACUCCCCCCUGCAGAUGGGGAGAAGGCCGUUAAUGGCAGAUCACCAAGUCAGACGUCUGAAAAGGUGAAUAACGGUUGA